AUGAAAGUGGGGGGUGGAGAUCAUUAUCUAUCUAUCUAUCUAUCUAUCUAUCUAUCUAUCUAUCUAUCUCAGUUUAUUAUCUCUCUCUAUCUAUCUAUCUAUCUAUCUAUGUAUCUAUCUAUCUCAGUUCAUUAUCUAUCUUUCUAUCUCAAUCUGAUCAUUAUCCAUCCAUCUAUCUAUUUCUGUUUGUUCAUAUCUAUAUAUAUAACUAUGUUCAUUAUCUAUCUAUCUAUCUAUCUAUCUAUCUAUCUAUCUAUCUAUGUUCAUUAUCUAUCUAUUAUGGAUCAGGUCAUAACAGGCCCAUCCACGUUCUUUACUUGCUCUCUCUUUCUUUCUUUUCUAUUUCUUCCUUUUUUUCUUUAUUCUUGCUCUCUAUCUUUUCUUUCUUUAUCUUUCUCCAUCUCUCUCCCUUCUCUCGCUCUUCUCUCUCUCUCUCUCUCUCUCUCUCUCUCUCUCUCUCUCUCUCUGUCUUUCCUUCUGUCAGAAGAAGUUAUUGAUGAUAUUGACAUUAACGUUCGAAUUGCACCGAAAGUGGAGAUCGAACACGGACAUAUGGCCGCUCCUUAUCUCGUUCAAACAACGUGGUUGGCCGUUGAUGACGCCCGAGAAAGCGCAUCCGAUAAGGUCGCCUUUUGGUAG